AUGUCCACACAGAGUCCUCGAGUCGCCCGGAGCUUCGAUAGAUACUGGCUUGACGACUGUCCGCUGCAUUUGCAACCCUCAGUAGUAUUCUCAGCGGCUCGACCGCCGCCGCGGCGAUCUGGCUACUUUCUUGGGAACACCUUUGCUCUUUACGGCCGGCCCCCUCCGUUGCUGAAUACACGCUCCCAGACUUUUGAUACUUGGGAACGGCCGCAAAGAACAAUCCGCAAGAUGCCGAAAUCAUCAUCCCUUUCCAUAACGACGUUGCCUGCCAGGACGAACAAACACAAAGAGGGGAAACUUGCCCAAGCGCUGAGCCCACGGAGUCCCCAAUCGCCUCCGCUAUCAGGGUCCAGGUAUGACGCCGACGCGCUCAACAGCGACGCGCUUCAUGAGCCGGAUCAAUCGACGCCGAUAGCUCCGUUCAGGCCGCCAGAUUCGCCAACUUCACCUCGACACCGCAAAGAGACCUCACGCACCUUCUUCGCCAACAUCAAAGCGUCGAAAUCAUCGCCUCGCAUCACGUCGUCGUCGUCGCCGCGCCUAGGAACUGCGGAUGGUUCUUUGCGACAAGUUACUGAUUCUAAAUCUUCAGCAAGCCAGGUCUACCCCUCGGGGCACACUCAGAGUUCGAGUCCGGAGCUCAGCAGUCGGUCGCAGGACAGCUCGAGUCAGCGGAACGGCGCAUCAUCCGCUGCGGACGGAUCAGACGACCGUAGCAAUAGCGGGUCCAUCAAGUCGACAAGCGUCCCGUACCUCAACGGCGAGAUGGCGUUCGGCAAGCGUAGCAACAAAAAGGACGGUAGCGCCGACAAGAACGGUGACGGCAACAAGAACAGUGACGUCAACAAGAACAGUAACGCCAACAAGAACAGCACCAACAAGAAUAGCAGUAGCAAGAACAAGUUCGGAGGCAUCUUGGGUCGUUCAAGGUCAAUCAAAGUGGAUGAGUCUAGCUCUCCACGCGAAGCACCACGCUCGAAACUCAAAGCUAACGUUCCUAGGCGCCUCGCUGAAACUAACACUACUGCAUAUGACGGUUCCGGAGACACCGGCAACGUGAGGACCGCGCCCUUGGAGGGCCAGAGAUCAUGGCGACAGAACAUCAACAUCGGCGGCAUGCGCACUCACUCUGAAGAUCGUCAUAAGGGAGGUCACUCAGAAGACGCUCGAGCUACAAACGCCGGGGAACAGCAUCUAUCCUCGUCCUACAACGAACCGCGAGGUGGCUCCUUCAUGACGGCCAUCAAAACAUCUUCAACCAAGGCUGCAGACGGAUUCGGCAAGGGUGCCCGGGCUGUGUUUGAUAAACUCCACCGGAGUGGUAGUAGCAACGAAAAGGAUGCUCCUACCACUGAGUACGAGAUCCAUGUGAUCAACCGACCAUUGAUCGAGCAGACCCUCAUGACACGCAUCUCCAAGCGUCUCGAGAACUCGAAGGACAAGACCGAGUUCUGGAUGCCUGCUCUGCCAUGGCGAUGCAUUGAUUACCUCAACAUGAAGGGCUGCGAGGAAGAGGGUUUGUACCGCGUUCCCGGCAGUGGCAGGGAAAUCAAGUACUGGGAGCAGCGAUUUGACAAAGAGCUCGAUAUCAACCUCUUCGAUGAGCCCGAGCUAUACGAUAUCAACAUCAUCGGCUCGAUGUUCAAGAACUGGCUCCGCAACAUCCCGGAUGAGAUAUUCCCCAAAGCCAUUCAGGCGAGAAUCCAGCAGGAAUGUCAGGGCGCCAAGAGCACACCCCAGAUGCUCAAGGACGAGCUUUCGAAACUUCCGCCGUACCACUACUACCUCCUGUUCGCGAUCACGUGCCAUAUAUCCCUGCUCCAUUCCUGUUCCGAGCAAAACAAGAUGGAUUACCGCAACCUCUGCAUCUGCUUCCAGCCAUGCAUGAAGAUCGAGGCUUUCUGCUUCCAGUUCCUGGUACUCGAUUGGCGCAACUGUUGGCAGGGAUGCUGGACGGAGAAAGAGUACUUAGCGGCGGAACUGAAGGCGCUCGAGAAGAUCGAGGCCCGGUCGCACCCUUCAUACUUGGACGUCGAGGCCCAGUCGCAGGCUUCCUCCUACGGUGUUCAGGCCCGCUCGCACCCUUCAUCUUUGGACGUCGAGGCUCAGUCGCAGGCUUCCUCGUACGGUGCCCAGUCUCAGGCUUCUUCCUACGGUGCCCAGUCCCAGGCACAGCCGCAGGCUUCCUCGUACGGUACCCAGCCCCAGGCCCAGUCCAGGGCUCAUGCUCCAUCCUUCGGUGCUCGCACUACUAGCUUGACUGGUUCUACGGCUGCGCCAAGCUUUGAGGAUCGCUCGGGGGCCAUGUCCUCUUCGGCUAGCAGCAAGCAAUCCAUGACGGGCAUGCCGGACAGACGUCGCGGCACUCCGGUGGCUGCAAAGCGAAGUUUCGACGACGACGGUUCUACCCCCACCCAGGCCGGCUACACCCGUCUCGCCGCUCCGCACCACGACAGGUUGGAGAUUCAGCCAACUUCUCCCUUCUCACUCGGCUUCCCUAAGUGA